CGGCCGCCAUCCGCCGUAUCCCGGGGUGACGGGCCCGGGCCGCUUCGGGCCCGGCGGGGCCGCGCAGGGCGAUCCCGGCUGCUCCUCCACCGCCUGCUCCUCCACCGCGCUGCUCCUUCUCCACCCGCAACCUGGUGGGUAACACCGCAUCCCGUCGCCGCACACACCGCAGUGACAAGACCAAGUCUUUUUGGGUUGCUCUGGCCUGUCCACACUGUCUCUGGAUGGCUCUGGGUGGAUAGUGAAGAGGGAUGUUCAGUCUAAUGGCCAAUUGCUGCAACUGGUUAAAACGGUGGCAGGAACCUGUCAGGAAGGUGACACUAAUAAUGGUGGGUCUUGAUAAUGCUGGUAAAACUGCUACAGUCCGAGGGAUUCAAGGAGAGUCUCCUGAAGACGUGGCCCCAACAGUUGGCUUUUCCAAAAUUGACCUCAAGCAGGGACGCUUCGAAGUGACGAUCUUUGAUUUGGGAGGUGGGAAACGGAUCCGGAAUAUCUGGAGGAACUACUACGCUGAGUCUUACGGGGUGAUCUUUGUGGUGGAUUCCAGUGACGUGGAAAGGAUGGAAGAAACGAAGCAAGCCAUGAUAGAAGUUUUGAACAGCCCCAAGAUAUCAGGAAAACCCGUGUUGGUGCUGGCAAACAAGCAGGACAGAGAAGGAGCUCUGUCAGAAGCAGAUGUGAUCGAGUCCUUGUCUCUGGAAAGGCUCGUCAAUGAACACAAGUGUCUCUGUCAAAUUGAACCUUGCUCAGCUAUCAUGGGCUAUGGGAAAAAAAUUGACAAAUCCAUCAAAAAGGGGUUAUUUUGGCUUCUGCAUAUCAUAGCCAAAGAUUUUGAUGCCUUAAACGAGCGAAUCCAAAGAGACACCACAGAGCAAAAGGCGUACGAAGAACAGAAGAAACUGGAACGAGCCGAGCGAGUGAGAAGGAUACGAGAAGAAAGGGAAAAGGAAGAAGGAGCUGUGCCUGAUGAGGAAGACCCUGAGCCUGGGAAAUAUCAGAACCCCUUCCAGCCUAUAUCUGCUGUAAUCUCUGAGAAUGAAAACCAAAUGGAAAAGGAAAAGAAGAGGCAAAGGUUGGAGACUGAACAGGCUCCAAUUGUCCUGAAACCACAACCAGAGCAGGAGCAGAUGGAUGCCCAGCACUUGUCAAGGAGCAGCAGCCAAACCACAACAGCCAGCAGAGCAGAAAUGUGCAAUUCUGCACCUCCCCAGCUUUGGCAGCACUCGGGAGAGAAUGAUCAGCAAGCCUCGGAAUGCCUUGGCUCAGAUAACAGCAAGAAAAAAAGUAAGAAACCGAAAUUAAAAAGGGGCCACAGAGUAGAACCUAUUAAUUCAGAGGAUUCUCUUCCCAAAAAUCCACCACCCCCAGCAGCACUUCCACCAGAUUUUGAAUAGCUGAGUGAACAUGGAGACAUCUGGAGUAGUGUGAGAGGAGAACAACCAAACUAAAGCAGUGAGAACACUUGUUCAAAUGGAAUAAAAAGAACAUUAAUGGAGAAACUUAGAGAAAGGAGCUGUGGCUGUGCUUACUCUGGAGCUUAACCCUGCCUUGAAUGAAUUGAACUUUGAUCACGUGAAAUUCUGAAACAACAGAACCUGGAGCUUUUCUGCCAAAGAAUCAAAAGCUGCCUAAAGGGAAAAUAAAAUUUCUAAACCCAAGAUAUUUAUUUCUCACAGCAAUGAGAUUGAUGUGAGUAAAAUGUCACUUGUUAUCUUAAUCAUAAACCCAUCUUGCUCUUUUUUUUAAAGGCACGUAGAGAGGAGGCUGCAAGAGAGAAAAGCCAGAUGAAGAGGUAGGGAGGGGAAGAAAGGGAAUUGCAGUUUGUAUCUGUUGCAUUUUGGGAGCAAGAGGCACGGGUGGGAACAAAGAGAAACCCAGUGAAUUUGGAAGCUCACACUGGAAAAUAGAAAAUAUGUUGGUGGGGAUCUCUUAAGCAGAGGGGUCAGCACUGAGGUCAGAGCAGACUGGAAGUGCUCAGAACUUUGCAGCUGAAUUCAACUCAGGGUUGAAUUUUUUGCCCCCAGCUUUGCCCAAAAUCCACCCCCAAGCUGGGUUUAAAGGUUUUCUCAGACGUUCAACCUUUGUGAAAUAAAAAGGCAUUUUUAUUUCCCUGUUGGUUUCAUGAUUAAUUUAUAGAAAUAGCUUGAAGGAACAAUUUGCAGUGAAAGUAGAGAUACCAGUAGAAAUAGUUUUCAGUAAGGAGAGGAGUAAGUCCUUUGUUUUUGUCUUAAAUUAUUUUUUUUUGGAAGUGGCAGAUAUUUGGUAGUUCUUGCUGCUGAAAUACGUUAAAUUCAGGUAGUGUGAGGCUGAAACAACCUCCAAAGGUCUGGUUUUUAAUGCUAGGCUUUCUCAGACAUAUAACUCUGUCUUAAUUAUGCAAUCUGGAAAAUUGAAGUGUUGAUGAGCAGGCUAUUUAAUGUAUAUAUUGAGUCAUUUUGGUGUCAUUCUUAGAAUGUUAUAUUGGCUGUUAACAGGCAGUAGAGUCAAUUACAUAAAUCUUUAAUUAUACACUUAUUUCACUAAAGACUGCAAUUUUCCCAGUCCUACUGAUAAUUCUGGCACAACAUUAGGUAAUGAGUGUCUGUUUAUUGUCAGUGGAGGAUCCAUUUGCAAGAAUAAUAGACCUCUUCCAAUCUAGGAGUAAAAUGAUCUGUCAGUCCUAAAGUGGUCUGCCAGACCUCAAGAAAUUAAUAAAUUGAUUAAUAAAACCAUCCAUUGUACAGGGUUUUAUUUGCCUUCAUUUUGCUGAUUAAAUGGAAGGACAACUAAACCCGUGAUCCUGCAGACACCUCCACAGUCUUAGAGCAGUGGAAUCCACCUGGUUUGAUUUGUUAAUUCCAGCUCAGGAGUGCAAUUUUCAGUUCUUGCCCACGUAGAACAAGGGGAAUAUAUUCUCCUUGGGAAAUUCUGAUUUAUUAAAGCUGAAUUUUGUGUUGGCAGGCCAUCAAGGCUUUGCUGGGGAAGAGCUGGUCUGGAUAAACCAAACUGAGAUUUGAAUGCUUCAAAAAGCUGCUUUUUUUUUUUCCCCUUGAUUUCUCCCUGUUUCCUCUUACCAUCUCUCACAUUAUUUUGCUUGUGAAAUGCUUUGCAUGUACCCAUCUGCAUGGUUGUUGUUUUUCUUUUGUAUCAAUGACAAAUGUUUGAGAAUAGUUGUUAUUCUCUUCUGAUGUACUUAUUGACUUUGUCUUGAGCAGUUUUACUACUUUAAACUCCUUUAUUGAUGAAAAUGUUGCAGGUUUGGUUUUUUUUUAAAUUCUUAAUAUAGUUCUUUUAGAAAGUUAGCAUGGCUUGUAAGAUAAAUGCCAUGCACCAAUGGUCCCCAAAUUUUGGAUGCUGCACAGUGUUGCUGUCACUUAAAACUAUAUUGCAAUGAAAACUUGCCUACAGCAACAUUCAAAUUUUGAUCCGUGAUCUUUUCAGUUGUUGUUUGCCCACUUUGGAUUUCUCAUUUCCUAUUUUUGGGAUGUUUACAGAUCACCUUUGGGCUUGAUCUUGCAAAUGCUGCUGCCUGUAGAACAAAAUGGAAUUAAACCCUCUUUUGGCUGAUACUUCUAUAGAGAUUAAUUAGGUUUGAAAGUUGUUUGGAGGAAUUAGCUCUUAACCUGUAGACUACCUGGCUUCCAUGAAAGGCAGCAAGAAUUGACCACGUGUAAAAACCCUUUGGGUGACAGAUGGAUGUGUUUUUCUUCCCUGGAAUUCCUGGCACAGAUUUCUAUGGAAAGCCUCUGCCCCCGCUGAGUCUGCGCCAAAGACCCAACAGUGACACCCACGAUGUCAUUGCUUGACUGGAGCACAAACAAACACAGCUUAAACCCACGAAACCAAACAGUUCCCUCAGAAACAUUUAUUGGUUUUGUUGCCCUUGAAGGAAGAAUUUUUCAAGUGACACUUCCUCAGCACGUUGCAGAGUGACUUGGUGACAAUGAAAUCCGGAGUUCGUUCUGUCCGGCUGAGCUGAUCGGACUCUGUCGUUCCACGUCACCAGCGCUGCUUCAGCCUUCAGGGGCUGAAUAAAUCCAAAAGGUCUGUGUGUCCAGGGCUGUUCAUGUGAACGUGGUACUGAGUGUUUCCUUGUGAAAAUACAUCUCCAUAAACCUGAAGAAAAACAGCUUCAAGGUGGCUGGAUUUGUCCCUUCCCAUCCAGACCUUCCUCCAGGUGCUGUGCAGUUGUUGGUAUUUUUUUCCAGCUGAUAAAUUCUUUUGUAAGAUUCGUUGUAUGAUAGGCUGACUGUAGAAAGGCUGAACAAAUACUGAGUAUAUUUUUCUACCUUUUUAUAAACUGAUUUGGAAGUCUGAGUGGGCCUGUGUACCUGCUACCAGUGAAGGGAUACCUUGAAAGCAUGAGGAAGCUGAUGGUCAAGUUAAUACAAAUACAGUGUGUUUGACUCUCACAGCAGCAGAACCCCUUUAUGAGGGAUUGCACUACCAGAUGUAAUAUUUUAUAUUUCUGGCAACCUGAAGCAAGGGGUAAGACAGGAAGUUUAAAAUAACUACAUUUUAUACAGAAUAUUGCUAUUUGAACUGUCUGAAAAUUUUCUUAUCUGUUUUUUUUCUUUAGUUUGUUAACUGAACCUGACAUAGGUAAUAAAUUCUGUGGAAAAAAGGUUGAGUUGGAUAUUGUAUUGACUACUACAACAUACAAGAAAAUUGCUCAUAGUGGAAGUUUUGCACUAACUGGGUCAGGUAUUUUGAUGGGAAACCGAAUCAACCAAUAUGCAGAUAAACCCUGUUGGAGUUUAAUCUCGAUAACACUAAAAUACCAUCUUGAAAACUAAAGAAACCCCAGGGCUUUGAGGAGUUCAGUAAUACUUCCAUGUAGUGUGUUUAUCUACGUUAAAAAAAAAAUCACAUACAAGUGAUAAAUAAACAAUAAGGGUUCCAAUUUGAUAUAUUCCUGUUGAAAUGUUUUUCCUCUUAUGUUGGAGACAACAAUUGGUGUCUUGUGUAAAGUGUGUUGUUAUGCCACUUAGUAAGGAUGAAACCCCCAUUCUAAGGGUUUCUUCAAAGAAGCAGUAUUUGAUUAUUGAUUAUUUUCUAUCACUCUCCCUCUUCAAUAGCAUGCUAAGACCAGAUUACUUCAGGAGAUGUUAAAACAGUGCAAUGUUUGUGUUCAGCACUUUGAUAUUGGAAAUCUUUGCCAUGUGCCCCUCACAGCACUGAGCUGCACAAAUGGACACCCACCCUAUGAAUCUAAAUGCAAUUUUAUUCAGAUUUUUAUAGAAUGUGUUUGUGGGAGGGUGGAAUCCAUUUUAAGAUAAGUUUGGGAUGGGGGGAGAGGUAAAGUCCAAGUUUAGUGAAAGGAUGGAACACUUUGUAUGUGACUACAUGAGAACACUUUUAUUGGUAUUCUAAUGGUGUAACAUGAUUUGAUUAUGCUCAGAAUUUGGUCAUUUUCCCUUCAAACAAACCCAAUAUUAAGUGGCGGGGAGGUUGCACAAAUGUUAAUGUGUGCAAUCUCAGCUUUAACCUCAGCUCUGUUACCACUUCAGUUUUCAGCUUAAAGGCUCUAUUGUGGCAGACUUUAUUUAUUUUUUUUUUAACAGCUUUGGUUUCUAGGAGUGCAUUACCCUUUUAUUUUACCUCUUAUCCAAAAGAAAUGAAUGGAAGUCUUUGCUGAAAACAAAGCCCAGUGUGCUGUUGUAACAAAGGCCGAGAAACUCCAAUGUCAGGUGUUGAUCCACGUGAACUGUGUGUUGUGGAUGUUGUGUGUGUGGACACGUGUAUCAUUUUUGAUUUUGCUUUUAAAAUAAAUUGUACCAAUAUGCGACCAAAGUAUUUAAAAA